AGCUAGAGGUCGAUCACAUAGUUUGUAUUCUACACCAGCCAUGUCCUCCGACGACGACCACAUUUGCUUUCAACGCCAUGCGGGGGCUCGACACAAUCGCCCUUCUCGCGGCCACCGCGACUCUCAUCGCCGCUGAAACGAGCUGCGGCGCCGGAUGGGCAACCCAAUCGAGCACUGGCUUGGCCUGCGGCAUGCAGAUUGCCCUUGUGACGGCACCGAUCGUCAACGCGGCCGCGGGCACCGAAACCGUGACCUUUACCGUGCACAGUACGUAUGGCGAUCCGAUCACUGGCACAGGAUCCGUCGCUGUCUGCUCGUUUGCGACAACGUCGUGCGCACUCGGCGCCGCAUCGACCUUUGUGCCGGCGACGGCGACGGUCAUUAACGCUACCCACACCUCGUACACCGCGACCGUGCCUCUUAACGCGGCGGGCGCAUACUUUCUCGCGCCCAUGUACACCUCGGGCAGCGGCCAGGUGUUUUCAACGGGCGUCAAUGCCACAAUCAAGGCGGACGCAACAACAACGACACCCUCCAAAACGACGCCACCGGUCUCGACGACACCGGUCUCGACACCGCCUGGUGCCACGACGCCAUUGAUGACGACGACCGCGCCUCCAACGGAGGCGCCAGCGGCGUCAAGCUCGGGCAUUUCGUCGACGACGAUCCUCAUUAUUGGCAUCGGCAUUUCGCUCGUCUUUCUCAUCUUGUUGGUACUCGUCUACUUCAAGGUCAAGAAGCGCACGAACGACAUCAACUCGCGCUCAGGCUUGACCGACGCGCCGCCGUCAUCGCAGGGCGGCGAAAUGGAAAUGACGUCGGUGGCGAUUGCAUCCAACGCCAACAAGAUAUCCGUCGACCCGCUCUCGCGGCGCGCGACGAUCAACCCGUCGACGUUCUCCAACCGCGCGUCGCUGGAUGCGACGGCAGCCACCGACGACUUUGGCUACCAGCGCUACGCCGGCACGACGCCGACGACUGCGGGCGCCAAGGACGGACUCGGUCUUUUCAACCGACCAAGCCUCGCCGUGCAGCAACGGACGCGGGCGCAGCCGCCGCGAACACCGACGACCGGGGCACCGACGUCGUUUUUGGCACCGCGACCACUGCCAAGUACUACAACGACAACGCACAACCCAUACAAGAACAACGUCGUGCCACCGGCGCGCCCGACGGGCGCCUACGAGGACGACGAACAAUCAAGCUAUAUCUUUUAA